UAUAGCGUGUCCACGCCCGCGACGCCUUCACCUCGGCUGGAACACAGGGUAUCCAAAAUAAACACAGACGAAGCGUGAAUACGUACCGGAUCGUGAACCGUGUAGUAUCAGCGUGGCAAGAAGAAAGGGAUACAAUACAAUGGCUAUACAGUGGCUGACCAAGUUUGGCAGCCUAGGACUGCGCAUGACAACUGAUGAAGAAGAAUGGGUUUACACAGAGGAGCCACAUUCUCCACGACGACAGGAAAUCCUGAAAAAAUAUCCACAAAUUAAAAAGCUGAUGGGAUAUGAUCCUAAAAUCGCGUACAUCGUGACAGCUGAAGUGCUGGUACAGAUUGUGGCUGCGUGGAUGGUCCGGGAUGCAUCCUGGGUAACAAUAGCUGUCUUAGCAUACUGCUUUGGUGGAGUUCUCAAUCACUCUCUAGGAAGUGCUAUUCACGAAAUAGGUCAUAAUUUAGCUUUCGGACAUAGCCAUCCUAAAUUAAACAGGAUGUUGAGUCUAUGGUGUAACCUCCCAAUUGUGGCCCCUAUGGCGAUCAGCUACCGGAAGUACCACGCAGACCAUCAUCGUUACCUUGGCGAGGAAAACAAGGAUGUGGAUAUCCCAACACGACUUGAAAGUUAUUUGUUCCGUCAUCCAAUUACUAAAAUAUUCUGGCUUAUGGUUCAUCCAAUCAUCCACGCCAUUCGUCCAUUCUACAAGAGCCCUAAGCCAAUCACAGGCUGGGAAAUCAUCAACACCAUUGUUCAGAUGACCUUCAACGUGAUCAUAGUGAUGACCUUUGGGGUCAAAUCUAUUGUGUAUCUUCUGUUGGGGACAUUGAUGGCGCUCGGGUUCCAUCCUCUUGCCGGCCAUUUUAUUUCCGAACAUUACCUCUUCAACAAUAACGAAACUCAGGGAACGACGUCAUAUUAUGGCCCUCUGAAUUUCGUGUUGUUCAAUGUCGGGUAUCACAUUGAACACCAUGACUUUCCCUACAUCCCUUAUAACAAGCUUCCGGAACUGAAAAAGAUCGCACCCGAAUAUUACGAUUACCCUUACCAUACGUCAUGGGUCAAGGUCGUUUGGGACUUUAUCUUUGACAAAAGAUCAGGCCCACAAGCCAGAAGUGUCGGCUACCGGAAAGAGGACAUUAAGAUGAACGGUCAAAGCAACGGUCACGUGACCCGUCAAAAGGAGGAUUAAGUUCUUGCAUAAUAAUUGUUAACUUAUUUAUUAUAUUAUUUCUUGUUAAUUUUCAGUUCAAUACUGUUUUUUAGAUCUUAAUUUAUUUUUUUCUUUUUGUGUAUUUGUAGAUAUAUACAAAAUAUUUUACUUGCAGCUAGAUAUGUUCCAAUAUAUUACAUUACUACAUAGCUAGCUUGAUUUUAGAAGGUGAAACAUCUUCGAGGAUGACAGUAAAAGUACUCUGCCGAUAUUUUUUCUCGUGUAAUAAAACCAGGUACUUAUUCCACCAAAAAGCAAUGAUUGUGUAUUAAUUGAUAUGCGAGUCUGUCUGCAUGAUCAAUGUUAUUAUACCAAGGUGUGAAAUAUAUAUGUAUGAGUGAAAUAGUUAAAGACGCAAUGUAUCCACAAAUUUAAUGAACUGCGAAGCAGUUCAUGUUGAAUUUGUCUCAAGAGCAACUCAAUUCAUGACCCCAUUAAAUUUUUAAAUUUUUUAAAUUUUU